CAGUGACAUCCAGACGACCACGACCCAAGAAGAUCUUCAGUCUCCUCGCCAUGCGUCAAUUCUGGCUUUUGCCGGCCGUUGCUGGCCUCGCCGGGGCUCAAUGUCCCUAUCUGUCGGGUGAAAUGAGCUUCACCGAGGAGGCAGACAACCCGACCGAUACCAUCAAGGUCGUGGAACAGGCCAUUGACAAUACCUUGUAUGUCAAUGACACUGACAGCUACAUGACCACCGACUUUGGUACUCCCAUCUCGGAUCAGACCAGUCUCAAGGCUGGUGCUCGGGGUCCUACCCUUCUGGAGGACUUUAUCUUCCGUCAGAAGCUGCAACGGUUUGACCAUGAGCGUGUUCCCGAGAGAGUCGUCCACGCCCGUGGUGCUGGAGCAUACGGCACCUUCAAGUCUUAUGCCGACUGGUCCAACGUCACUGCAGCCGAUUUCCUGAGUGCGGGUGACAAGGAGACCCCCAUGUUCUGUCGCUUUUCCACCGUGGUCGGCUUCCGAGGCAGUGUGGAUACUGCGCGUGAUGUCCACGGUCACGCCUGUCGCUUCUACACGGACGAGGGCAACUACGACAUCGUUGGAAUCAACAUGGCCCCCUUCUUCAUUCAAGAUGCCAUUCAAUUCCCCGACCUUGUGCACGCCAUCAAGCCCAUGCCCAACAAUGAGAUCCCCCAGGCCGCCACUGCUCACACUUCUGCAUGGGACUUUUUCAGCCAGCAGAGCUCAGCCCUUCACACCGCCCUGUGGCUGAUGUCUGGCAAUGGUAUUCCCCGUUCGUUCCGCCAUAUGAACGGCUACGGUGUGCACAGCUUCCGCUUCGUGGCUGCCAACGGUACCUCCAAGGUGGUCCGUUACCGCUGGAAGUCCCUGCAGGGUGUUGCCAGUCUGGUGUGGGAUGAGGCUCAGGCUGCUGCUGGUAAGAACAGCGACUACCAUCGUCAGGAUCUCUACAACGCCAUUGCCAACGGCCGCUAUCCUAGAUACGAGCUCGGGGCCCAAAUCAUGGACGAGUCUGACAUGCUCCGCUUUGGAUUCGAUCUCCUGGAUCCCACCAAGAUUGUCCCCGAGGAAGUUGUCCCCUACACCCCUCUCGGAGUGAUGGAGCUCAACGCCAACCCUACCAACUACUUUGCUGAAGUCGAACAAGUCGGAUUCCAACCUGGCCACGUCGUCCCCGGUAUCGAUUUCACCGAUGACCCCCUGCUGCAGGGCCGCCUCUUCUCCUACCUGGACACCCAGAUCAACCGUCACGGCGGUCCCAACUUCGAGCAGAUCCCCGUCAACCGUCCUCGCAAGCCCGUCCACAACAACAACCGCGACGGCUUCGGCCAGCAGCAGAUUCCCACCAACAACUGGGCCUACACUCCCAACAGCAUGAGCAACGGCUACCCCAUGCAAGCCAACCAGACUCACGGCCACGGCUUCUUCACUGCCCCGUACCGCUACGCCAGCGGUCACCUCGUCCGCGAGGUUAGCCCAACCUUCAAUGACCACUGGUCCCAGCCCGCCAUGUUCUGGAACUCGCUCGUCCCAGCCGAGCAGCAGUUCCUCGUCAACGCCAUUGUCUUUGAAAACUCCAAGGUCGCCAGUCCUCACGUCCGCCAGAACGUCGUCACCCAGCUCAACAGGGUCAACAACAACCUCGCCAAGCGCGUCGCCCGUGGUCUCGGUCUCGACGAACCCACCCCGGACCCGACCUACUACACCACCAACAAGACCUCCAACGUCGGCACCUUCGGCAAGCCCCUCCUCAGCGUCGAAGGUCUCCAAGUUGGCUUCCUCGCCUCCAACUCCCACCCCGAGUCCAUCAAGCAGGGCCAGGCCCUGGCCGCCCAGUUCGCCGCCGCCGGCGUCGACCUGAACAUCGUCACCGAAGCUUAUGCCGACGGCGUCAACGCCACUUACUCCAUCUCCGACUCUAUUGCUUUUGACGCCUUGGUCAUCGCCGACGGCGUUCAGAGCAUCUUUGCCACACCCAGCUGGUCCAACCAGGCCAAUGCCACCUCGUCUCUGUCCGCUUUGUAUCCCCCUGGCCGGCCUUUCCAGAUCCUGGUUGAUUCGUUCCGCUACGGAAAGCCCGUGGCCGCUCUGGGUAGUGGUAGCCAGGCUUUGAUGAACGCGGGUAUCUCGCUUACCCGGCCGGGAGUGUACACUGGCUCUAAUGAUACCUCGGAGAUUGCCAAGGAGGUGAUCAAGGGUCUUUACACUUUCCGCUUCUUGGAUCGGUUUGUUCUGGAUGAGUAGAUAAUGUUGUGAUGGCUCUGGGAGUCGGUAUAUAGAAUCAUGAUUAUUUCAUAGAUUACGAUAGAUAUGUCUUUCUUUAUUCAAUAGAUUGUUUGAUUUGCCGAGUUGGAUUGGUUGUAACUGAUUACUCUGUUUGAUUAUGACUCGGAAAGAGUUUGUAUUUGAGUAGGGCAAUCAUCGUUUUGAUUUGUACCAAAGUAGUGAAAGGAACAUACGCAGAU